GAGAUUCGAGGAAAGCGACAUCAGAUAGAAAUUCUGGCAACGUCAAGAAACUUACUUAACAAUCGCAUUUGCAGAACAACGACAAUUGAGCGCAGAAAUUGCACAUUAUUCCAAGAGCUCUUGAAAUCACUGUUUAUCCUUUCAAGUAGCUUUCACGUUAUUGUGACUCACGCCUCAUCAUGGCGCAUACUCCAAAUGGGGGAUCGAACUUCAAUCAAUAUACAACCACGGCUUUGAAUCGUUGGUCUGUUGCGGAUAAACAGUUACCUGCUGUGGAUAAGAUUAAGGCACUCCAUGUUUAUGAUUUUGAUAAUACCCUUUUCAACAGCCCUCUUCCCAAUCCAAAAUUAUGGAACGGACCAACCAUAGGAUUUCUACAAACUCAAGAUACAUUUGCGACGGGUGGUUGGUGGCACGAUUCGAGAAUUCUUGCAGCUACAGGUGAAGGUGUAGAGAAAGAAGAACCACGAGCUUGGAAAGGUUGGUGGAAUGAGCGAAUUGUUGAACUCAUUCAGUUGAGUAUGCAACAAAAAGAUGUUCUUUCUAUUCUCUUAACUGGCCGUUCUGAGGCUGGAUUUUCAGAAUUAUUGAAAAAGAUGCUUGCCAGUAGGGGUCUCGAUACGGAUAUGAUUGUCUUAAAGCCAGCAGCAGGCCCCAGAAAUGAGAGGUUCAGUAGUACGAUGAACUUCAAACAAUGUUUCUUGGAAAGUUUGAUGGAGACAUACAAAGGUGCCGAGGAAAUCAGAAUCUAUGAGGAUAGAGUCAGACAUGUCAAGGCAUUCAGAGAUUUCUUUACCGAUUACAACAAACGUCAAAAUGGCUCUAAUGGUAUUCCAUCUCGCUCUACUAUCAUUGCCGAAGUAAUUCAAGUUGCGGAUGGGGCCACAUUACUUGAUCCUGUCGUGGAAGCUGCUGAGGUACAGCGUUUGAUCAAUGAUCACAAUGCUGCCAUUGAAGCAAGAAACUAUGGCGAGAGACUUCAAAUCAAGAAGACUGUUUUCUAUACUGGAUAUUUGAUCAACAAUACUGACACUCAGAAGCUGCUUACUUUAGCUCAGCUUCCAUCGAACAUGCCAGAUACAGAAGCCAAAUUUCUAGCCAAUAAUGUUCUCAUUACUCCACGCCCAUGUCCAGAAAGUAUACUUCAAAAAGUUGGAGGAAUGGGGAGUAAGACUACCUGGGAAGUAACAGGAACAGCAGUCUUCGAGAACAAAAUUUGGGCCGCUCGUGUCAGACCCGUACCAGAAUCAAAGAAGUUCUACACGGAAAAUCCCAUUCCUGUGGUCGUUCUCGCAUUGCGCAAAGGAGCUCGGCCAAUUGAUGCAGGUAAGAUACAAAAUUGGCAACCCGUUCCACCAGAGAAGGCAUUUGUCUUUGAAAGUACUGUGGGUGAAAAGGUUCUUUUGAGGAUAGAGAAGGAAGAUCUUUCUGAAAACGAGUAUGAAAGUUUGUUCCCCAAUAAAUCAUUCAAGCGAAAGCAUUCCCCUGAGCCUAAACCAACAAAUGGAUCAUAUGGUGGAAACUACCAGGGACCAUCAAACAAGAGAGGAGGUCAGGAAAACAAUUAUGGUGGUGGACGUGGAGGUCGAGGCAAUCAUAGGGGAAAUGGAAAUCAGCGUGGAGGCUAUGGCCGUAAUAAUCGCGGAGGCAAUGGUAAUGGUGGAGGAGGUGGUGGUAAGGGAAAGGGACGAGGAUACGGUUACAGGAGUUUGGAUGAUGUUAAUGAACGGACGUCAAAUAAUACGCCGCCAGUUUACAAUCCGGCAGUUGCUUAUGAAGAUUUCCCUCCGUUGCAGAAAAAUUACCAAACGCCGCAGCAACUUGUGCAAGCGCAAUUUCAACAGUAUCAGGCGCAGUUGCAGAAGAGUAACGGGGGAAAGAAUAGUGGAAAUGGAGAGUUGCAGUAUUUCUAGAUGUGAUUUGAAGCGGUGGAGUGGAACUUGAGAAUAAUGAGAGAUGAGGAAUAUACCACUUGGUUUUUGUUCUUUACUUGUAUUCCGCUUUUGAAUGCAUAGCAUAGCAUAGCAUGGUAUGGAUGUAUGGUAUUUCUGGAGGCGUUUUGGGAGGGGCCGAUAAAUCACGAUUUUACAGAUCGAUGUGCAUUUUAGGGAUUUUGAUAUGGCAUGGUGUUGCAUGGUAUGGUCGAGUUUGAAAUGAGGAAUGGGUGGGUAGGUGGGUGGCGUAGAAAUGGAUUGUGUUGUGUAUAUAUUGUGUAUGAAACAGAUUAGAAUGAAAUAGAAUGGAUUUUAUGCUUGAUUGUGGCGAUGUGGUUAUGACUUGGUA